GUAUUUGGUUUUAGACUCCCCCCGCUUCUUGCUGAGAAUAGUACAGUCCAUCAGUCCUGCACAGGAAGAGAAUACGGGUCAGGAGGACGACCAAUCAGAGUUUUCUUUCUUUCUUUAAAAAAAUCGUUCAUUCUUCUCUCAUAGGGAGUUAAUAAUCACCGACUUUCACUAAUAAGUAGGUCGCUUGACGUUUUGCCAGUUUGCUGACCACAGCGGUGCUCAGAGAUAAUUUAAAAGAGUUGUGGAAUAAAGACCGGAGCAGCAGGGCGUGUUUACAUCUGCUAACUAUAGCGCGUAUGUAGCUGUCUCACCUCGACAAGAGCUGCUGCUUCACAGAGGAGACAAUCGCCUCCUUCCGGUACACCCAUCCGGCGGUGUCGUCCAUCAUAUAAGUGGCGGCCCGAUGCCUAACACAUCAGAAGGGCAGGGAGCAAACAUCUCCGGUCCGGCGGAUCCGUCAGGACUGCAGAGGCCCGCCGAUGGAGAAGAGGAUCACGGUCUUAUCAGCUCCCUGGCCCGGGACGCUGCGAGAGUGAGGCGGGCUUCGAGUGCGGAGCUCCACCUGCAGUGGACCUGUCCGGUCACUCACUCCCGAGAGAAGUUCUACACGGUCUGCUCCGAUUAUGCCCUCCUCAACCAGGCUGCCUCUGUCUACUGCCCCUCCAGCUCAGCCAGGAAAAAGAAGGACGAUGGUUCUCCUCUUGUGAAGCCCAAGCCCUCUGCUGACCUCAGUUCAGGUCAGACUGGAGGGGCCCAUGUGGGAUCAGAUGGGGACUGUGACAUGGAGGACAUGUCCGCGGGUCACCCCAAGCCUAUUUUGGCCUGGGAGAUUGAUACAGCAGACUUCAAUGCUGUGUUCACCCGGAAGAUAAGAACUAGUAACGGUAAGAAAUGCAGCACCAAGAAGAUGAGGUCAUCAGACAGACCCAGCAGGAAUCUGCAAGAUAUCCCCCCUCAUGCCUCACAGGAGGAGAUCAAACAAAGAAAAGUGCUCGACCUGAGACGAUGGUACUGCAUCAGUCGGCCGCAGUACAAGACGUCUUGUGGAAUCUCCUCUUUGGUGUCUUGCUGGAACUUCUUAUACAGCACUCUGGGUGCAGGGAGUCUUCCACCCAUCUCUCAGGAGGAGGCUCUGCAUAUUCUGGGGUUUCAGCCGCCCUUUGAAGAAAUAAAGUUUGGCCCGUUCACUGGCAACGCCACACUGAUGCGAUGGUUCAGACAAAUCAACGACAAUUUCCGAGUGCGGGGUUGCUCCUAUAUUCUGUACAAACCACACGGGAAACACAAGACGGCCGGUGAAACAGCUGAAGGAGCGCUGAUGAAACUGACACAAGGGCUGAAGGACGAGUCUAUGGCCUACAUUUACCACUGUCAGAACCACUACUUCUGCCCACUGGGCUUUGAAGCCACGCCGCUCAAAGCAGCAAAGGCCUACAGGGGCCCUUUACCUACAAAUGAAAUGGAGUACUGGAUCUUAAUUGGUGAACCUAGUAGAAAACAUCCAGCUAUUCACUGUAAAAAGUGGUUGGAUGUCGUGACUGAUCUCAACACUCAAAAUCCAGAGUACUUGGACAUCCGCCACACAGAGAGGGGAAUUCAACGCCGCAAAACCAAAAAGGUGGGCGGUAACCUCCACUGCAUCAUGGCCUUCCAGAGGGUGAACUGGCAGAAGCUCGGCCCCUGGGCCCUAAAUUUAGAGAACCUGCGAAACGACUUUCACCACUCUGGUUCGGAGCGGGCGCACGGGAGCAUCGCAGAGGACACGGCGGAGCGAACGUCGUCUAAGAGGUUGGCCCACCUGGGACGCUCGCACAGUAUGGGAAGUCAGAAAGACAGCAGCUGGAAAUGUCUGUCCAACUCUACAGAGUACAGACAGAGGAGCUCUCCUGACAGCGACCUCGAGGAAGACGUCACAGACUGAAAAGGUUCCAGGGACACUGGGGGAGGACAUUAUAAAACAUGCUGCUACACAGUGCCCAGGUGGUGCAUUUUAAAGGAUAAGUCUGGUGUUUUUAUGAUUAUCUUUAGAAAUUCCCAUGUAAACACUAAAGCCAACACUUUGCUGGUGAAUGAGCAUUUUCAAGUAAUAACAACUGGUCAGAAAUACACAGAGUUUUUUAAAAUGGCUGUUUGGUGUAAUUUUCUCUGAAAAUUAAAUUAGAAUGAAUUUGGAAUUAAUUUGGGAGAAUUUAACUAUUGAUUAUUUUUAAUUUCCUGCUGUAAAAUGACUAAAUAUCACCAGACUUUUUCCUUAGUAUUUAAAUAUGUAUAUUUUUAAGACUGUCAGAUGUUGAUUCAACUCAUUGUUCUGACCAUUUUACUGCUAUGAAGCAAAUAUUUUAAGUCUGAUGUGUCAGGUUCUUUCCACCGUCCCUCUAUAACAUUUUCCCCUCCCGCUUUUCUCAUUCAUCUGCAGUGUGCACAAAUAUUUCACCAACAGCUACUUAAAAUCAUUCUGUACCAAUGAUAAACAAUAAUUCUAGACUUCUUCUGCAACACACGUUCAUCAUUUUUCCACCUAAAAUCAAGCAGAAUAUCACCAAUAACCAAACGUUUCCUUCUGCACCUCGUUAACGGUUUCCAGCACAAGUUAGACAAAAAGCAACAAGCCUGCAUUGACCAUGAAAUUACUCCUGUUCAUGGUUGUGUUGAAACAUGGUGAAUAGAGAAUAGAAUAAACUAAAUAACUUUGGUAUUAAAAUGCUCACCACUGCAGCAGUAAAUUCUAAAGGAACUGAAAGGCCCUUCAUGCCAGCAUGAUCAGGAACGUUUUAGGGGGUCAGACAAUCUCCCAUCCUCUUUAUCUGUCUACUUCACACUGUAUAAAAAAAGAAUAAU